GAAUACUACGACGACAUUCUCGGUGUUCGUGUAUUGAAAGAGGACAGAAACGUUUUGAUUUUUUGAUGCACAUGGUCGAGAUGGAAUCGGCCUCGAGUGAUUCUAAUUCCAAUAAGGAUGAAAAUCCAUCGAAAAUUCGCAAAAUGGGAGCAUCAGUGUUGGAUAGUUUCACAAAAUUAACUUCCGAGGAUGAACGGACCAGACUUGAUGGAGGAACAACCCUUUUGAGACAUUUGUCGCAGCAGAAGAGUGACGACCCGGACAGCAAAGAGCUUGACUAUUCCCUCCGUCGUUUGAUCCGUGGUCUAGGCGCCUCCCGUCCCUCCUCGAAGAAGGGUUUCUACACAACGUUAACAGCCUACCUGAAACUCCACCCUCAAACUCCCCUCCUACCCCUCCUUGAAAUACUGGACGUUGAGUUAAAGUCAUCGGGCCACAACCCCAAGAGUGAAAAUGCUGACAUCUUCAUGGGUCGAAUCCUCUUCUGUGGUGCCCUCGUGCGUUCGAAUGUCCUGCAGUCCUCAGCGUCCGACUUCCAGCAAAAGAUAAUAGAGAUCCUCCUCGAAGCCGGGGGUAAACGUAGCUACCUCUCCGCCAGCAGUUUCUCCUUCCUAAUUGACUUCCUUCAUCAGUUGACCACAAAAUCCCUGAAACCUAGUAUCUGGCCGAUCCUCGAGCGAGAGCUGGGCAAGCCCUGGCCCGAACAGACCCUGGACACUCUCCACACACUCCUGAUAAUGUCCACGAAGUUCCCCAGCCUCGUUAACAAAAAAUUCCUGAAGGAGCAUCUAGGAACAGACAAGAUAAUUACCGAGGAGACCCUAGAGCACCAGCUAAAGUUGGUGACAGACAUCCCCAGGAUAAUCUACUGCCACCAUCCCCUGUAUCCCGUCUUCUGCGAACACCUGGUGGCCUCCAACUACCUAAUUCCCUUCUGGACAGGCCUGGAUCAGCGGUUCAUCAAACCCUCGAGGAGUAUCGAGCGUCUCUCCCUGGAGAUUCUUAACCUCAUCGUCACUAACAUCAAGGACAAGAGUAUCCUGCCCUCACUGCUCACUCCGAACUUCCUGCAGCACAUGCUGAAGAGAUUCAUCAGCAACAAGAGGAACAGAAACGACGAAGUGGCGAAUGCCUUCAGGCAAUUUUUGACGCACCUGGUAACACAGCUGAACGAUAAAGAACUGAAGCCAAAAGUCGCUGUAUCAGUCUUGAAGCGAUUGGUGCAACAUCCUGGGGACUUGAUGAUCGAGAAGAUCACGGGGACAAAAAUUCUCCAAAUGAUAACCGCCAAUUUGGACACAAGUGGUGUCAAGAAACUGUCGAAGUUUUAUAACGAAAUUGCAUUGAAUUCCGUGAAGAAGAGGAUCAGAGAGAGGGAGGAGGCCUGGACGAAUGCAGAAAGGACAUACGUGGGACAAUUGUUGAGUAAACUCCUGGGGCAUCCUGCAGUCUCCUUGGAGCAGGCGUGGAGGCUGGAACAGCUUAAAUUGUUAUUCACCCUGGGCUUCUGCGAGGGUUCAAACGUGGGAGUCGAAGUAGCUCCUGUUUUCAGGGAGAGCUUCUACCGAGCCCUAGACCAUAAACUUCCAAAGCUCGACGAUUUGAAGUCGGUGUUGACAGCCCUGAUAACUGAUCUUGAUAGAGAGAUCUUCGAGGAGAAGACGAGGAGCUUGAGGACGCCGUUGCCGGAUGACGCUGUCGAGGCCUGGAAGAAGAUGAUCUCAUUCAUAAAUAAACCUGAGAAGACGUUCAAGAAUAAACAUGCUGUGCUGAUUUUCUACACAAUGGAUCUGAAUAUGGGUCUUCAGUUAUUCUCAGAUCAUGAGAUGGCGAUUUCAUCGAUAAAUGAAAUCCACAGCUGUGGAGACAGGUUGAAGUCCUCAAAGUCAUCUAGGAAACCUAAACGAAAGCCCGAAGAAGUGGAUGAAGAAGAGCCAGAGUGGGUGGAGGUGAUAGUAGAUUUGUUGCUCUCGUUGCUCUCCAGAAACAGCCACUUGUUGCGGUCUCUAGUUCGUUGUGUUUUUCCUCAUGUAUGUCCUCUGUUGACAUCGACGUCUGUUCAUCAGAUCCUGGCAGCAUUGGACCCCAAGGAUGACAAGGGGCCCCUGGGAAAAUCCUCAGAGGACUCGUCCGAUGAAGAUUCAGACGAAUCAGACGAUAAAUCGGAUGAUGAAGUGGAGGAAGGAGAAGAGGAAUCAGAGUCUUCAGACGAAGAGGAUCCAGAGGAUGACGAGACCAUCACAGAUAAAUUGCGAUUAGCAGUGAGACAAGCCCUCGGUGAUGCGUCAGCCCAGACUGACGACGAGGACAUCGACAUCGACGAGAUCGACGAGGAGGAGGGAAAGAGGCUCGACGAAUCACUGGCAGCUGCCUUCAGAAUCCUUAAAGAGAGUCGCUCGGGGAAGAGUAAGAAGCAGGAGAAGUCUGCUGAGACUUUGACACACUUUAGGGUUCGAGUGAUGGACCUUCUGGAGAUAUAUUUGGAUUCUGAACCCUCGAUGGCACUUGCUCUCGACAUGCUGGUUCCUCUGUUCGCUCUUCUGGAGUUUUGUAUCAAGGACAGCCAUCAGAAGCCACUGGAAAACAGAGUUAGAUCGUGUCUAAAGAAGUUGUCAGCUGUCAAGAGGUUCAAGGACACCGUGGGUGUCGAUGAACAAUUGAUAACAGACUUGGCAAAGGUGCUUGUGGAGAAGGGAGAAAGAUCAACUCUCAUCUGCCAGGAAAUGGGAGACAAACUCGCUGAGUGCUGUACCUUUUUGAUAAGGUGUGUCCAGCAGGCCAAUCUUGGACCUAACACAUUAGUUGAUAUUUAUGGUGAGAAUUUGACAGCAUUCUUCAAGAAGAGGGACUGUGUACUGCCUGCAACAUUAUUCAGAAAUGCUCUCCAGUUGAAUUGGGAGGGAAAUUGGAAGCUGGUGCCUCUGAUUGGAGAUUAUGCUUUUGAUGCUAGCAUCAGGUCCUUCAGGAGGGGACAGGCUCUGGAGUUCUUGACAGUUUUCUACAGGAAUCACAGGCUGAUCACGAGAGACAGCGAAGGAGUAAAGGAGAACCUGGAGAGGAUAUUGGCGAGAAAUUGUUUGGAACUGUUCCAGGAGCUUGGGGAAAAGGCUAAUGGAGAGGGGAAGAAAGAGGUUAGACAAAAGUUCGUGGGGGCACUCUGGAAGCUGCUCCACGCAGUGCAUUCAAAGCAAGCGGAGGGAGUCUGGGACUGGGCGAAGGUUGGCGAGACUAUGGCUCAGUACAGGGGGGGAGUUUCCUUGUCCAAGGAUGCCAAGACUGCUUACAAUCGAUUAGCUGCGCUCAUUGGGGCACCCAAGAAUGUUCAGGGUAAUAAUGAGGGUGUGAAGAGGAAGAGGAAUGUUGAAGUUAAGGUUAAUGGAGUGCACAGGGAUUCUGAUGAUGAGAGGGUCGAGGGUGAGAGUGGUUCAGACAGUGAGGACGAGAAGACCACGAAGAAGACGAGGAAGGAGGUCAAGAAGAAGUUGAAGAACCUCAGCAAAAAGAAGGAUAAACAGAAGUUGAAAAAGGAGGCCAGGGAGCUGAGGGCGAAAACCAUGGGAGAGGGACUCGAUGGGGUGGAUUUCAGCUCUGUGGUGAUUAAUGGAGGGAACGAGGGGAUGGAGAACGGAGUGGAGGAGCUCGGAGAUGUCGUCAAGGGAUUGGGGAAGAAAAGAAGUGGUAGUGCUGACGAUAACCCUGGAAAAUCGAAAAAGAAAAAGGGAGUUAAGUAGGACAUGCUAGGACUUAUGAUUGUUAUUUUUAUAUAUUGCGUAUGUAGAUCGAUACGACAAUUACCAGUGGUAAUUAUGUGUCGUUACAACUUUAUACGAAUAAUCAGGAGUGAAAUGAUAGGAUGAGAUCAGCACGAUCAGAAAUUAUUUGACGGAGUUCUAGAAAUUAUCUCAGCUGUUUUACUUUUUAUCAUUUUAUUACUGACAUUGAUCAAUUCCAUUUGUAAAUAAAGCCGAGAAAAUGGAAAUUUGAUAUUUUGAGAAAUAAAAAGUUGCGUAAAAAAUUAA